AUGGGCAAAACAAAUGUGGAACGUGGAGAAGUGCGGCAGGAGACACGUGUGUACACAAAACGUUAUUAUAUUCUUGCGAUAUUUGUCUUAUUAUCAGCAUCGAAUGCGAUGCAGUGGAUUGAGUAUUCAAUCAUUGCUCAUAUUAUCGUGCAUUUCUACUCGAUUUCAUAUAGUCUCGUUGAUUGGACCUCGAUGGUUUACAUGCUUUCUUAUAUUGUUUUCAUCAUGCCUGCCAGUUGGCUCCUUGAUAAGUACGGUCUACGUGUAUCGGUUUUACUUGGAGCGUCUGGAAACUUUAUUGGAGCAUGGAUCAAAAUGCUGUCGACUAAUCCGCACUCAUUUUGGAUCACCUUCGUUGGGCAGGCGAUUGUCGGUUCAUCGCAAAUUUUUAUUCUUGGAAUACCACCUCGAUUAGCAGCUGUUUGGUUUGGACCUAAACAAGUAUCAACAGCUUGCGCUGCUGGCGUAUUUGGCAAUCAGUUAGGUAUUGCGAUCGGCUUCAUUGUACCGCCAUUACUGGUUCAUAUGGGUGAAACUGCGACCAUUGCUGCUGAUCUGAAGUUUCUCUUCCUCAUUUCGGCCGUAUCAAAUACGAUCAUUCUUGCCUUAAUCAUUUUUUUUUUCUCGAAGCAACCACCACUUCCGCCAAGUUUAGCACAGUUGCAGAGCAUUGAAAAUGCGGUUGACAAAAAUUAUAUGUCCUCAUUGAAACAACUUGUCGUAAACCCGAGCUUUCUUCUUCUCUUGAUUACAUAUGGUGUGAAUGUCGGUGUUUUUUACGCUGUCUCUACGCUGCUCAGUCAAAUGGUUUUACAUUAUUAUCCUGAAGAACAGGAAAAUACAGGAACAAUCGGACUGAUAAUUGUUGUUGCUGGAAUGGCUGGGUCUGUGGUGUGCGGCAUUCUUUUGGAUAAGUUUCAUCGAUAUAAGCUGACCACAGUGGUAGUGUAUUUGUUCAGUUUUGUUGGUAUGCUACUUUUCACAAUUACGAUUGAUCUCGGUCAUAUGUGGUAUAUAUUCAUUAUUGCAGCCGUCUUGGGAUUCUUCAUGACCGGUUAUCUUCCUAUUGGCUAUGAAUUCGCAGCCGAAGUAACCUUUCCGAUUGCUGAAGGCACAACGUCGGGUUUGUUAAAUGCAUCAGCGCAGGUGUUCGGUAUUCUGUUGACGAUGUUCAUGGGUCAAAUUAUUCAUUCAGUGAACAUUUUUGUUUGUAAUCUGUCAUUGUCUAUAUUUUUGCUCGUUGGUACCGUUCUUACUACACUGAUCAAACCCGAUCUCAGAAGGCAAAUGGCGCAUAAAAACGUAACUUAUAUCGUACCGGUUAGCCCCUUCAAAAUUUUUGUUACGUAG